AUGGAAGAUUUUAUGGCAGAAGAUCAAGAUUUUUAUUUUGAAGAUGAGGAAGAACCUGAAGCUGAUAUAGAGAAUAUGUAUUAUCAUGCAAAAACAAUAAAAAAUGAACCUAUGCAAGCUAUUGAAGAAUUUAAACAAGUUGUUAGAUUAGAAACAACAAAAGGAAUUUGGGGAUUUCGUUCAUAUAAACAAAUUAUGAAAUUAUUAUUUAAAUUGGGAAAAAAAAAUGAUGUUAUUGCUUAUUAUAAGGAGCUUUUGACAUAUACAAAAUCAUCAGUGACGAAAAAUUAUAGUGAAAAAUCUAUUCAUAAUAUUCUUGAUUAUGUUUCUUUGGAUAAUGAUAUGAAAUUUAUGGAAGAAAUUUGCUCUAUUACUCUAAAUUUUCUUAAAGAAAUUAAAAACGAAAGACUUUGGCUAAAAACAAAUUUGAAACUUGCAAAAUUAUGGCUUGAAAAAAAAGAAUAUAUACGAUUAAAUAAAAUUUUGAAACAAUUAUAUAAUGUUUGUGAGAAUCAUGAUGGAUCUAUUGACCAAUCUAAAAGUGCAUAUCUUCUUGAAGUUUAUUCAUUGGGAAUACAAAUGUAUUCUGAAACUAAAAAUAAUAAAAGGCUUAAAGAAUUAUAUCAUCAAACAUUAAAAAUAAAAUCUGCGAUUAUACAUCCAUAUACUAUGGGUGUUAUUCGAGAAUGUGGAGGAAAAAUGCAUAUGGAAGAAAAACAAUGGCAAAAAGCUCAGACAGAUUUUUUUGAAUCUUUCAAGAAUUAUGAUGAAGCAGGUUCCCAUCAUAGGAUUCGAGUAUUAAAAUAUUUAGUAUUGGCAAAUAUGUUGAAUGGGUCCAAUAUUAAUCCUUUUGAUUCUCAAGAGACAAAUCCUUAUAAAAAUAAUUCUCAGCUUCUUUCAAUAAUAGAUUUAAUUAAUGCAUAUCAAGAAAACGAUAUCUAUAAGAUAGAAUCUAUUCUGAAGGAUCAUUAUGAUGAAAUUAUGGGGGAUUCUUUUAUUCAGACCUAUAUAGAUGACAUAUUGAAGAAUAUUCGAAGUCAAAUUCUUAUACGUUUAAUUCUACCAUAUACACGGAUUAGUAUUUCUUUCAUUGGAAAGAAAUUAAAUAUUACUUCGAGCGAUGUUGAGGCAUUAUUGGUUAAUUUGAUUUUAGAUGGACGUAUUAAAGGAAAAAUUGACCAAGUGAAUCAAAUAUUAACUUUAGAAAAAACAGAAGAUCCUAAUCGAAAGAAAUAUGAAGCGAUUAAUGAAUUAGCUGAUAGUAUUAAUAAUUUAUGGAAAUUUUACUUUUAUGAACAUUAA